AUGCUACUAGGGGCUGUGGAGGCAUUAGGUAUCCCCUCUAGCAGACCCAGUCCAUGGGCAUUCACUGUCCUCUUGAAGGUUGACACCCCCAUGAAGAAAAGAGAUGCCUGGACGCUGGUUGAUAGUGGAGCGCAAGAAGAAUUCGCUAACCAGCGCUGGGCCAAACAACACCUACCACCAAGUGAGGCGCUACCUGGAUCGGUAAGCGCACUCGAUGAUCGCAAAAUUACACCAUAUGGUCAACAUAACCUCAUUGCAUCCAUUGUGGACGCGAAGGGCGAAGAGUGCACCUUCAAUAUCCCAGUGGAGGCAGUUGACAUGUACGGUUAUGACCUCAUAUUGGGGCACUGA